UUAAAACAAUGGCAUGUUCAAAAAUAUUUUCUGGUGAUAUACCAGAAGUAAUGCAAAAUAUCAUAGAAAAUCUUCGUGAUGACAUAAAAUCACUUUAUUCUUGUAUUUUGAUAAAUAGAAAUUGUUGUUUUCUCGCGACACCUUUACUUUGGGAAGAUCCUUUUUCUGUUAAAUAUCGAAAUAAUUUAUCACAUCAUUUUAUUGACACAUAUUUUUCAUUUUUAAAUGAAAAUGACAAAAAUAAAGUUAAUAAAAUUAAAUUUCACAAGUCAGAUAUAAAAAGUUCAUACAAACCUUUAUUUAAUUAUCAUGCUUUAAUAAAAACUUUAGAUACUUUCAGAAUGGAAUUACAUAUUAUAUGUUGGCUCAACACUACGACUAAUAAUGAUCAAGGAACUUCAAACGAAAAAGCUUAUGUUCAAUUAAUUACGCUUCAAGAUGAAUCUAACGAAGAAUUCAGAUUGGUCAAAGCAAAUAAACGGAAUAAUGGAAUUCAAACAAUUUGUACAAUUUUAUUCAACCUAUUUGUAGAAAAUAAUGUUAUUUUAAACAAACUACAUAUAACGUUUACUUUUUAUAAUAAACAACUUUUAAAUUCUAUUUAUAAGUUGAUUUUAAAUAAUCCAACGUUCAUAUCAAAUAUUAAAGAAUUUACUAUUCAUUUAUUUAAUUAUAACAAACAAUUCAGUAUAAUUAAACAAUUUUUAUCUUCUCUUCCAUCAAAUAUUAAACAUAUUGAAUUUUUUCUUAAGGAUGAAAAUAGUGAAGAAAAAGAUAUUAUUACAGAUUUAAUUAAAUCACAGUCACAACUUUCUUCAAUUAAAAUGAGAUUUUCUUAUAAUAUAUUAAGUCAUUCAUUCUUGGAUUCUUUAAAAAAUUCAUCAAAUACUUUAACAUCAUUAUAUUUUGGCUCAAAUAAUAUAUCUGAUUUGAGUUAUGAUGCACUUUCUAAUCUUACUCAACUUAAAUCUCUUCAAUUUAAAGAUUGCGAUUUGAAUUCAGGUAUUUUUCGAUCUUUACUUAAAAUUAAAACACCAUUGAAGAUCAAAACUUUUGCCAUUAAAAAGAUUCAUGUUAGAGAAAUUGUCGAAAUAGAAUUAUUUCUUCAAAAAGUUGGUUAUUAUAUAAAAAAUUUGGUUUUGGAUAUUGAAUAUAUUUAUAGAAAUGACAACCAUUUUAAAGAACGUUUAUUUGAUGCCAUUAUUAAUUAUUGUGAAAAAAUUCAAUUUCUUCAUUUAUGUCAUAUUGAUUAUAAUGAUAUUCCUAAAUUAUCUAAAAUAAUUCCAAAUUUUAACAAUACUCUUAAAUUUCUUACCCUUGAAGUUAAAUUUUUUAAUUUUGAACAUUUUUCUUAUAAUAUUAGUAUUAAUAAUGAUGUUGAUGAAUUGAAAAUUAGUUCAAUGAUUUUAAAAUUAUUAUGUGAUUCUUUACCUUCUAAUUUAUGUUAUUUAGAUUUAAAUCUUGUGAUUAAUCCUGAUGAUAUAAAAUUACUUUUUGAUAAUUGUGAUCAAAUUGAUCUUAAAAGAUUAUUAAUUAGAAAUAGAAGUUCUCAUAAUUUAGAUGUUACUUUAAAUGUUAUAAAAGAUUUCAUUAAGAAUAAGAAUUUGGAUUAUUUAUCUUAUUCUAUUAGGAAUGAUCCUAAAUUUCGUAAUAAUUUGGAAUUAUUAUUUAAAGAAAUUCAAUCAUUUGUUAAAAUGAAGAAUUAUUAUGAUUUAGCUAUUAAAUUGGAUCAUAAUGGGAUGGCUUCUGGAUUUGGAAUCAACCUCUCCUUGGAAUAA